AUGUUGACCAGUACUCUUCUCACAUACAUUCUCAUCGAGGCUUCCGCAGUCGUAGCCUUUCCCGACAUAGGACGGGCUUUGGCAGCAAGUCAUCUCAAAGAACGUAUCGCACCCGUAGCACCGUUUCCAGAAUAUCCUGGGUCACCGUCACAUGUUGUGUAUGAUAGUUUCGACCCUGUCUCCCAACUCGUCUCAACAAGUGGCGAUAAUGCAUGGGCAGCCCCAGGCCCGGGUGACAUUCGAGGUCCUUGCGCAGGUCUCAACGCUGCUGCCAAUCAUGGCUACCUUCCUCGUAAUGGAAUCGCUACUGCUGAUGCCAUCAACACCGGACUGUGGGAGGCUUUUGGACUAGACAAGACAGCCACUCUUUUCUUGCAGACGGCUACGAUGUUCUUCGACGGCGAUCCAGUGUCUGGUAGAUGGUCCAUUGGAUACCACUCGGACAAGACUCAAUCACUUGGCCUUGUUGGAGACCUUCUUGGCAAUGAGACGGGCAUUUGUGCUUAUGGCCAUCUCAAGACCGAAGGUGAUGCGUCUAUCACUCGUGGUGAUUGGCUAGCACCAGAUAUGAACUCGAACUGUGCUUCAUAUCCAGAAUUUGCACAGGAGCUUCUCGACCUUGCUACGGAGCGCACUGGCGGUAAUAUCACACCUCAAGUCUUGGCUGAGCACUCGUACAACCGCAAACUACACUCCAUUGCCACCAAUCCCAAUUACUUUUCUCCAGUCUACGCAGGUGUAGCUUUCACAUUUGGCGCUCAUAUGUUUGCUUACCAGCUUCUGGCCAACCACUCCGCCGAAUAUCCACGAGGUUUCUUGACGCCUGAAGUCUUCGAGUCCUUCUUCUCCUAUACCAGAGACGCAAACAACAAUCUCGUCUUCACCUAUGGUCAUGAACGCAUCCCCGACAACUGGUAUCGUCGAGCGGACGACGACGCCUGGACCUUAACCGAUAUUCUGAUUUCCACCGCCCAACAAUGUCUCUCGUAUCCCACCAAUUGCCAAGUCGGCGGUAACACAGGGGAAGUGAACUCUUUCUCUGGAGUCGAUCUCGGCGAUAUGACUGGCGGUUUCAUCAACUCUGUCGAUGAUCUUAGCGAUCCGACAAGACUUGGAUGUUUCAUUAGUCAAGCUAUUCAGGCCGAUGUGCCGAGUUUUUUGGACAAUGUUUUCAGUGGAGCGGCACUGACAGAAGUUCUGGGACUCGUGGAUACGACGUUGAUGCCUGCAUUAGCUGGACUGGGCGACUGUCCCAACCUCCCAGCUGGGAAGAGCGUGAUGGAAUAUGGAAAAGGGUAUCCGGGAGCACAAUUCAUGACGAGUGGAUCCAGGAGUCCGUACUAGGGGCAGAGAGAGGCAUGAAAGGAAGGUUAGUAGCAACUAGGGAAAGCAGCCGACAGCCAACAACCUCUUGUUUCAAGGAUUUCAAAAGUGAGGGCAUAGUUCACAGAUCGAGG